CGCACUGUCUCCUCCAGGAGCGCAUUAGCUCUCUCUCUCACACACACACACUCACACACUCACAGCGUCUCCGUGCAGUGGCAUGGGAGCAGUGUGUCUGACUUGGAUGCACCUUUAAGUGGAGAACUCCCCCCCUCUCCCCUCACCUUCUUCUCCUUUUUUUCUCUCCUUCUGCUGUGCUGUUAGUGUUUUCUGGAGGUGUGGAGAUCUGUUUGGACGCGCGCAGUGUGGCACACACACACACAAAAACCCCAGCUCAGUGCAGCGAGUGCAGCGCAGGCAGGUUUCUGUUUUAAAAGCAGCAGGAGAGUUACGGAGUCCGCACCAAAGGGAGGAAGCUGGGGAGUGCAUGAGAAAGACGGAGACAGCUUCUUUUCUUUUCUUUUUGAAAUAUAACAUAAACCGGGGAUACUGAGAAGAAAUCAGCCUGGUUAACUUGGAUAUGGCGGGUGUGAAGACGUUCGACCUUCUGCUUGGAGUUGUUUUAGUUUUGCAGUGUGUGGGGAAUGCCCAAGCCGAGAUCACAGCCAGCAACGGUGUCUCUUACUCAUACGUGCAGGGGCAGGCAGGUGAUGAGGACGCGGCAGUGGACGUGAAGCUGUACAGCCACCGGUGGAGGAGAUGGGUACCCCCGAAACCUCGUAACAUGGACAGUAACAGGGCGAGUCAGGAGCAGGACCAGGAGCCGGUACAGGAGGAGCCUGACGGCUUCCCAGGCCUCCUGUCUGCAGAGGACACGGACACAGACAACAGCUCCCAGAUAGAGGAGGAUACAGAUCACGACUACUACACGUCAAAAUCAUACGGCCCGUCGGAUCAGAUGAGCAAGGACUUGUGGGUAAAUUUCGACGAUAUGGACAAGGGCAAAGUGAAGAUUCACGGGAUUCUGUCCAACACACACAGACAAGCAGCGAGAGUUAAUCUGUCCUUCGAUUUCCCUUUUUAUGGACAUUUCCUGCGUGAAAUCACCGUGGCAACUGGUGGUUUCAUCUACACGGGUGACGUGGUCCACCGGAUGUUAACGGCUACACAGUACAUCGCUCCUUUAAUGGCAAACUUUGACCCCAGUGUCUCCAGAAACUCGACUGUCAUCUACUUUGACAACGGUACUGCUCUGGUGGUGCAAUGGGACCAUGUUCACCUGCAGGACAACUACAACCUGGGAAGCUUCACCUUCCAGGCAACACUGCACAACACUGGCAGGAUUGUUUUUGCAUAUAAAGAGAUCCCCAUUGAGGUGUCACAGAUCAGCUCUGUCAAUCACCCAGUGAAAGUGGGCCUGUCUGAUGCUUUUGUCGUGGUCCACAAGAUCCAACAGAUACCCAAUGUGAGGCGGAGGACAAUCUACGAGUACCACCGCGUGGAGCUGACGAAGACGAAGAUCACCAAUUCUACAGCCGUGGAAAUGAUGCCUUUGCCCACGUGUCUCCAGUUCACCAGCUGUAGUGCGUGCAUCUCCUCGCAGAUCAACUUCAACUGUAGCUGGUGCCAUCGGCUCAACAGAUGCUCCAGUGGCUUCGACCGCCAUCGGCAGGACUGGGUGGACAACAGCUGCCCAGAUGAGACGAAGGACAAGAUGUGCGACAUGAUCGACACCACGUAUCUCUACCCCUUCACCACCACGAUUGUCGCCAAAACAACAUCAAGGAGCAAAGAGGCCACUGCAGGCAGGGACAUACCGUCCACCUCCCAUCCUCCCACCAGCGUCCCCACUGAAGAUGAUACAAAGAUCGCCCUGCAUCUCAGAGACAACCAGGUGAUGCCUGCAGACAGUGCCGUAGACAGGAUGCCCGGCACACACCCUCUGCACAUCGGCCUGAUCCUCGGCAUCCUCCUGGUGACGAUCAUCAUGGUUGCCGGUGUACUGGUCAGUGUGUACGUCUACCAUCACCCGACCUCUGCAGCCAGCCUCUUCCUCAUUGAGAGACGCCCGAGCAGAUGGCCAGCCAUGAAGUUUCGCCGGGGUUCGGGUCACCCAGCAUACGCAGAGGUGGAGCCGGUGGGCCAGGAGAAGGAGGGCUUUAUCGAGUCCGAGCAGUGCUGAGGGAGGAGGGGGCGCCUGCAUCCCCGCAGCUCCCCCCCCUCCUCCUCCGGUGCUGGCCCUCUUUCCUCCUGCUGCACGGGGACUUCUCACCGGUGGAGGAGCUCAGUGUACUUAAAUGACUUGACUGUCGAGCACCACAUGAGACUGGAUACGAGGACACCCUGAAAACUGAUCCCAGACUUGAACCCAUUGUUCAGCUCCUGUUGGCAGGGAGCUGACCUACCUGGGGCUGAGGGGAGGGGGCAGCAUUGAUGUCAUCGACUCAGUCAGCAUUGGUUAAGUUUUGUACGGCUGCUAUCAUGUUGCCAUGGAGGGAUUGUACAGCCAGACUGCCUAGACUGGAUACGGGCGUGUCUGAGGGUGUGAAUUAUACAAUAUAUAUUUUCAGAAACAAUACAGAGUAUGUGAACAGAGAUUUCCACUUUAUUGUCAGUGGGGUUAUACUGUAUAGGCCUUUGUAUAUCCAUCAGGUUUUUACUUCCUUUCCUCUUUCUUUCAGUAUGUUGUUUUAACAGUGGUUGGCACAUUUAUCUGUAUAGACCUUCGGUAUUGCUUUUCAAUACCAUAGCAGGCUUAUAAUUGAAUUUUCCACUGCCCGCUCUGUGCAGAGAGGCGGCAGCCGUGCGACAUGACGCGAGCUUGACCUCCAAUCGCUGCGAUCGGAAGAUGAAAAGCUCUGAACUUUCAACAUCGGUGUUGAAUUAUUUUUGUGAUAUUUGGCUGGUUUUCACUUGAAAAUAUCUCAAGUGGGUUUUUAUUUUUUAAAUGGGUGAUGGGCACACUCUUAUCUUUGAUUGAUUCCUUACAUCAUUGAUGCCAUUUCUUUUUUUUUUUUAAAUUCUUGCCGUGCCAUUUUGUCCCUGACUAGAGUUUGCACAUUUUUUUUUCUUUCCAUGCACAUUUUAUUUGCUCGUUUGACAUGUGGUACUAAUGCAAAAUGACAAGACAGGCGCUUGUGAGUGUGUAUGCUGAAUAUAUUUUCGAUAUGUGUGUGUAUAAUGUGUGUGAAUGCAGAAGAGAGCAGUUUACAGUAGUGUUUUUGGAUAUCCACCUGGUUUAUGGGUGCAUACGUUUGAGCUGGCUCUGCACAGUUGAUUCUUAUUGAUUUGAAUCUGAGGUAUCUGGAUACAGUUUGCGUGAGCCAGACAACACACUGGGACGGUUGAUUUAUUGUUUUUCUUUUUACAGUGUGGUUUCCUUGCCAGCAUAACCAUUGGCAACUGUGUUUAUGUUAUGAUUGGCUCAUCCGCAUCAACACAUUCAUGUAUAUACCAAGGCCAAAACAUUUGCAGAUUCAGGUAACUCAUGGCAAACAUUUGUAGUAUAGCAGUAUAGUACAGGAAAAAGUUUUUUAUUUUUUAUGAGUGGCCUUUCUUUCUCUACUUUUUUACUUAAAUGUGAAUACUGUUCCAAUCAUUACUGUCACUGAUCAAUACAAGGCUUCUAACUGAACAAAUUCAUUCAUUUUUUCAAAAUUACUGUUAGAUAUUAUUUCAACACAUAAAUCAUGUUUUUACACCAAUGAUUGUAGACUCACUAUCAAUAUCCUGGAAUUCUACUGAGAAAUAAAACGUGCAAUAUAAUAUUACACCCGUUCAGUUUGACACUGAAAAUACAUGAAAAUAACAAUCAUCAGAAUUUUUUAUUAUUAUUUUUUAUUUCACACCUUAUCGUCAUCACAUUGAGACCAAAGACUAAUCAGCAUCUGAGUAUUUACCUCAACCUCCCCACAGCUUCACCACCACCCAGAACAUACCAGUGUAGUUGUAGUUAUAGUGCUUUGUUAAAACUGCCUAGCAACUGAUCGUUAAAUAAACCCCUCCCACUAACAGCAACUGUCCAAUCGUAGCUUAGCAACCGUAACUAGGCACGGCAAACCUGUUAAGCUUUGGAUUUCCCCACAUAUUGAAGCGGUUAGCGGUUGUUUUAAAAAAAAAUUUAAAGAAUUUGGAAGGAGGUGCCUUUCCAAAACCAAAAAUACCAGAGUUAAGAGUCUAAAGAAUAAUCUGUUUACCUGCCCUAACAACCUGCAGUUGUUACCAUGUCCGGGUAACUAGCCUAACUUUAUUUCCUACAAUAGUAAAACAGCCUACUGUAAAGACCUAGAAGCGUGGCAUAGUGGUUUACUACUUAGUGAACAGCCAUUUACAACGUUAAACCACCUAACAACUGAUCGUUAAAUAAACCCCUCCCCCUAACAGCAACUGUCCAGUCGUAGCUUAGCAACCAUAACUACGCUCGGCAAACCUGUUACGCUUCGUAUUUCCCCACAUAUUGAAGCGGUGUAGCGUUACAGGCGACUGUACUGAGAUAGAUACUUGUCAUUUAAACAGUUUGAAAGCUGGUGUCUUUCUAUUUCGCCUUUCCAAAGCCAAAAAUACAUACAAAUAAUCUGUUUUAUCUGCCCUGCAGUCGCUUGCAAGUCGGCUAACUAGCCUAACUUUAUUUAUGGUUAUGCAAGCUUGGGUUCUACACAGCGUUGUUAGAACAAAAUAACAUAACUUUUCGUAUAACAGUGUUUUACUAUUGCAUCAUGUAUGCAGUUGUCACAUUAAUAUUUAAACGCCCUUUUACAAGGUUCAUGUUUCGAAACAAGUCAGCUGCAAACAUUCAUAUGAGCUAACGUUGGCCUAAGUGCCUCGCUAUAACUUAUAAAGUCUGCUAGCUACAUUGUCAUUUGGCUAGAAAUUGUUUUGUCUACUACUGCAUGAAAUCAAGGAUCUUGUUUCAAACAAUUAUCUAUUAGAGAAACCGAUGGUUACUCUGAUUAAAUUGUUUCAAAACAAGUCAGCUGCAAACAGAGGCACAUUUUUAAAUCAAAUCAAAUCAAGUUUUAUUUGUAUAGCCCAAAUUCACAAAACACAUUUAGCCUCGGAGGGCUUUACAAUCUGUCCUUAGACCAUUUUUAACCAACUUACUGAAGUUAACAUUAGCCUAAUUAGCUAACGGCUAAUAAACCUAUAGUUAUCAUUUGUCUAGAAAUGAAAAGCCUGGUUUCAUUUGCUAAAUUAGCUACAUUUGCUGAAUCUGCCAUGUUAUCACUGUAAACUGCACCUGAACAAAAAUAACAUAAAUCUUGUCGGCGUAACAACAGUAACUAAGGGGCUCACAUCUUUCUUUAAUGUAAUCAUUUCGUCCUCUGAGUACACUCAUUAACACGUCAGAUCGUCAACACACCCCAAAGAGUGAUGGCACAAAUACCAAAUUCAGGACUCGCUGGCUGUUUCAAAACCUUCACGCAGACUCUUCUUUACAGCUCUGAGCUCUGAUGUGGUCUCAUUGGUGUCGACCAGAGAGUACCAACGCCUGUUUUCCAAACCCUCUUUUAUGACUCCUCAUAACUCCUUUCCGCAACAGGAGAGAGAGGGUGAAGUUUAACAACAUUUUCAUGCAUACAGAUAUUUGUUAAAAUGAUCCCUGUGGAAAAAACAAACAAAAAAAAGCUUUUUGCAAGUGCUUUGUUACAUCUUGUGUUGUAUACUGCCACCUGAAACUGCAAGUGUUUUUAUAACCGGUCAGAGAAAAGGUGGCCGAAACACUUUGAGGUUUGUCUGUCAGCGAUUUCCUCACACGCUUCAACUGGACUCGACUAAUCUCACUUUCACUCCCUCCUUUCUUAACUGUUAUUUUAGAUGACAAAAAAACAAAAACAAAAAAAGCAGCAUAGUGGUGUUGUUGAUAGGUUACCGCUGUGUGACACUCAGACUCAUGAGUUGGACUGAAAGACGUUAAGUCACACAGAUUCAUCUGGAUAUAAAGAAACAAGAACUGUGACCUCUUAUCAUCACACUCCAUAGCACACAGUGAGACUCACACAGUAUCAUUAGCUGUCUGUAAUUUCUGUAACUGCUGUUGUUUUGAUUACAUUUGAAAUAAUAAACAAUGUUGUUAAAUAUAAAAACA